AUGGCCGAGAGGCAACCUAUGCUUUCAUUUGCGAAGGUCGUCUCCGGCCAAGUUGGCGAACAGUCACAAUCAACUGCUUCUGAUGUUCAGUCAGCUCAAGCCUAUCCUACUUCUGGACGAUCUCAUGCACAACGUGAAAAAAAGGAUAGGCACGACAAUUCGCACGCGAAGGAGCGAAGAGAAAAAGGUGAACCUAAGGAGAGAGGUGAACGCGGCGAGAAAGAAAAAUUCCAUAAGAAGAAAAGCCGCAAGGAACGCGAAAGACGCAGCCAAAAGGCUGAAGUCGUGAAAGAGGAGAAAGUUGAGAAGACUCCUGAAGAAGUACCGGUUGUUACUUCCGAGCAGGCUAUCGUAUUAGAGCCAGCUCCUAUCCCAGUUGUAAAUGCAUGGUUCAAAAAUAAAGAAAAUGAUGGAAAGACUGAGCCAAAGCCUGAAGAGCCAGUGCAGCAGCCAAAAGUGUUGACUGAGAAAGUCGUUAUAAACAAUGAAGAAGAGCCGAAAGUCGUCUCACCUCCGAAGAAAGUUCAAGCUAAUCCUGAUGCCGCGAUCGGCAAAGUUGAUCCAGAGUGGCCUACUUUGGACGCAGCUAAAACUGACGAAAGCACCGGUACCACUUCACAGCAACACUCUCCUUCAGGAGAAGGACCUAAGGAUGAUGGAGAAAAUAUUAAUCAAAAAUCCAGCAGAGUAUCUAGAAAUCGUUGGAAAAAGGUCAACAUUGAGUUCGAAAAUACCAAAGAUAAGAAUAUGAAAGGAUCGAAGAAGAAGGAUUCCCGAAGUGCUACUCACGAUGAUUCGCAAGACAACGAACAUGAACAUGACGAUGAGGAUGCUGAAAAUUGGGCAGUAGAAAAUUCUACAUCCAACGGAAUUUAUUACAAGCAAGGACUUGCUCAGGGUUGGAAAAAGAGUGUAAAGGAUUCGGACGAAUCGCCGGCUGCUGCUUCACCACAGUCGAGUAUGUCUUCUCCAGCCCCUGUUCAAUCUAAGUCGCCAGUGAAAAGCGACAAGAAAUCUCCUUCCUCUCCUCCAAAGGAUGAUAAAGCACCAUUGGCUAAUGGUAGUGCUCGAUCGUCUUUUACUUCACACAAAGGAAACUCAAAUAAUGGUCGAGGUUCACAGAAGUCCGAAGUUUGGCAGAGAAACAAUCGAGAUGGAGAGAAACCAAGAUCAUUCUAUCAGCGUGGAGAUAGGUGGCCCGUAAGACCAAAUCCUCAUGCUCCUCCUAAGCUCACUCCUGCACAGAGAAAAGCCCGCGGCCCUCUUCCAGACUGGGAUGAUGUCCAGGAUGGCGAAGAUAACUUCGACUAUAUGGGCUUAAUGGAUACUCAAUAUGCUCAGUUUUAUUCCGUUUCUUCAGUCCCAUCAUUCGACAAUGUGGGACCACUUGAUCCUCAAAUGGCCAAUCUCAUGAUUUCUCAAGCUCAACAGCACAUGGCUGGUUUUGCCUACAGACCUCCAAUGCCAAUGAUCCACACAGCUUUGCCAAUGAUGGAUAACAGAGGAGAUGCCGUAACCUCCCCAACUGUUUCUAUCGUCAGCCCUCCAACUCAUAUUAUCAAUACAAGCCUAGACAAUAUUAAUACUGCCAUUCCUUUUGCUCCUGUCUAUCCUACUCCAGCUCCUAUUCAUGUUCUUAAUGACGAAACUUUAAGAGACUGCGUUCGCAAACAAAUAGAAUAUUACUUCUCUAAUGAAAAUUUGCAAAAAGACUUUUUCCUAAGAAGGAAAAUGAACGCUGAUGGUUUCUUGCCUUUGCAGCUUAUUGCCUCCUUCCCUAGAGUCAGAUCCUUAACUGCCGAUAUUUCUCUUAUUUGUGAAGGGCUUCGGGAGAGUGACACAGUUGAACUUUCCGACGACUUGACGUAUGUACGUCCUCGUGUUAAUCCUGCUCAAUGGCCUUUGCCACCAACUGUCCACUCUGAUGUCGCAUCAACUAGCAAUACUAAUACUGUUGAAAACGCCAAGCUUGCUCAAAAAUCUGAACCUUCUCGCCUUGAGAAGCACGAAUUAGAUACACCGCCACUCACUUCACCAGAAACAUCUGGUACAGCUUCUGCUGCUAAAGAUACUCCUUCUUCCAACGAAGUAAGUUGGGAAGAGGUUAAACCGAAGAAGAAGAGCCGUGGACGAGGUUCAGACAAACACUCUUCCUCUGCUACAAAUCAGAAGCAGGAAAAGACUGAACAAGAUCUAGGAUUUCAAUUUGAUAAUGAAUUAGACUCAAGUGCAGGUGGAUUCUCGACCCCAAAAAGAGAGAAAGCCAGCAAACCAUCCAGAUUGACUGUUGAGGUCUCCGAAGAAAUCGACGAUGACGUUGUCAAUAAGCUCAUUAUUAUGACCCCAUUGAAGAGAACUUUCGACCGCACAGGUGAUUUCACUACUCGUGCCAGAAAUAAUGCUGAGUUCAAUGAAGAAGUUGAAAUUGGUUUACGUCAGUAUGAAGAAGAGUUAUGGAGUGCUCCUCAGGAGAGAGAAGUACCUAAUAAAAUUUCCACCGUAUCAAGAGAAGAGUUCCAACAAAUAAAAGGUGCCACUCCCAAGAUCGAACAAGGCCCUCCACCUGAAAUUCCACCUAGUCAAGUCAUGACUCCUCAAUCCAUAUGGUCUGAGAAAACGAAAGAAAGGGCUGCUAAUGCAGUGCCCAAGAGUCCAAUGCAACGAAGAGAGUCUGCUGAACAAAAAGUCUCUCGAUUCUAUCCAGUCAAGCCAACUGUUCCUAUGGGUACAUCUCCACGUAAAGCUAAAACUAGACAUCGUGAAGAGCCACCUGUCGAGUUACCCGUUGGUUGGGUUUUGGGCAGAGGAGAAGAGGCAGUCUCAGCUGCUCCUAUUGGUGUUGCUGCCAGCAGCAGCAAUUAUCCUGCUUCACAUCCUUCAGUAUCUUUACUUCAAGAAAAUAACUUCACUCAAAAUGUUUACUCUUCAUGGAGAUUAGAAUGUCUAAAGCAACGAAAAAAUUUGGGUUAUGAGUGUGCUGAAAUGAACACACUAUAUCGUUUUUGGUCUUUCUUCCUUAGAGAUAACUUCAAUAGGAAAAUGUAUGAAGAGUUCCGUCAGCUUGCCCUUGAAGAUGCUGAUAUGAGUUUCCGAUAUGGUGUCGAAGCAUUGUUCCGUUUCUAUAGUUAUGGUUUGGAAGCAAAGUUCAGACCGGAGAUUUAUAAGAACUUCAUGACUGACGUUGUGAAUGAUGCUAAGAAAGGAGAGCUUUAUGGUCUUGAGAAGCUUUUCAUGUUCAUGAAGAGAUACAAGAACGCUAAUCAAUUGGUUCUCGUUCCAGAACUUGAAGAAAAACUUAAGAAGUACAAGAGUCCUGAUGACUUCUACAUUACUAAUACCGAAACGAAAAAGCGUGCAACCGUUAAAAGUUGA